GUUAAAUACCUAUGUAUAUAGUUAAUGAAUAAUGAAUAACUGUUAUUAUGGAACCAGUGCUGUAAAUAUAAUGUAUUGUGUUCCCAGUGUUUCUUAUCUUAUAGUUUAUAUAAAUUAGUAACUUGUUAAAGUUCUUCAAUUAAUUUUGUGUGUGUGUUUUCAAACUAUUACACGAUUUUUUUCUCAGUUCUUCUGAUUCGUUCUUUUUUUUUCAAAACAAUUUAAACAAUACUAACUUUCUAUUUUAUGCAUAAUUAUCUUAAGUGAAAUAUGUUUAUGUAAAAGAAAAAUCAUUACCAGAAAAAUGAGCGACGAUAUUUAUUACGGUAAAAGUAUAGGUCUCUGGAUGUCUGAAAAGAAGAGUCAAAAACUUAACUGGAAGGAAUUGAUCAAAGCUUGUAACUUACACGGUUAUAAUCUGGUUAAGUUAGAUUUAGAGAGGGCUUUUGAAGACCAAGGAAGAAUAGAUGUUUUUUUGCACAAAUUAACUGAUGUCAUAGCAGCAGCUGAUCAAGGUGAUAUGAAGGCAGCAAAUAUUAUAAGUCGUGUGGAGCAGUAUUUAUCAAAUCAUCCUAAUAUAACUGUGAUUGACCCAUUAGAUAAUGUGAGGAUUUUAUUGAACAGGUACUGUUAUUAUACAUUAUUGCAAAAUGAGUCAUCAUUUCAAAGUCAAGGUAUCUUCACACCUGCCUUUGCAGAAUUCACAACAAAUAAUACACAACAUAAUGUUGAGAUUAUGAGGCAAAGAGGUGUACGAUUUCCAGUUAUAUGCAAACCAACUAUAGCACAUGGAUCUAAAUCAGCACAUGAAAUGGUUCUAAUAUUUAAUGAGAGAGGCCUCAAUGUAGUCAAACCACCUUGUGUUGUUCAAAGUUUUGUAAAUCAUAAUGCAGUUUUACAUAAGGUGUUUGUAGUGGGAAACAGAUACCACAUUUGUGAAAGACCAAGUCUUAAAAAUUUCUAUGCCUCUGAAGACUUGGAUCCAAUAUACUACAGUACUGGAGAAGUUUGUAAAGCUGACAGCCAAUCCACACUGUCUAUAUUAGACCCCAAUGAUAAGGCUGAUAUAAAAAUGUGUCUUAAUGAAGACAAAAUAAAAGAUAUAAUCAAAGUAAUGAGAAAGAAGAUUGGCUUAAUACUGGCGGGAUUUGAUGUAGUCAUAGACAAUAUAACAGGUAAUCAUGCUGUUAUUGAUAUUAAUGUAUUCCCUAGUUAUGAUAAUUUUCCCAACUUUUUUGAACAUUUAUUAGAUUGUAUUCAAGAUACUAUAAGAAGUUCGAAUAGUGAUAGUAGUUUAGAAGGUAGUGGCAGAAAAGAUGACUAUGGUGACAAUUACAGGCCUAAUGGCUUGAUUAAUAUAGGUGGUAGUCAUAAUUAUGGUGUAACAGGUAUGAAUAUCAUUUAGGUAAAAAUAAUGAUUGAAUCAAUAUUAUCAGUUUAAUGGGACAUGGGCAAUUUAAUAAAUAUGCUAGGUCUGAAUUACAUAUAGGGCAGCUUUCAAGUAUGUAAGGAAGUGUAAUACUAUUUUUUAUUUAAUAAUCAUGUAAAAUAGCAUUAAUCAUGUCAUAGGUUUCAUUUUUUUUCAAUAAUCUAUUUAGAAUGCUGGAUUUUAAUAAUGUAGUAUUUAUUUAUUGAAGAAAGCAUCUAAGUUUCAUGUAUUUCAUUGAUUCUUUUGGUUUUCAUUUCACAUUUCUGGACAGAACAUAUUUUUGAUACAUUUGAACUAUAGUUUUUUAUAUACCUAUUUUAAUAAAAAAAUCACGAUUAACAUGGAAACAAGUCAAUAUUAUUUUAUUGAAGCAUUUUAGAUUACUGUCAAUUUAUCUCAUUUUUAAUCUCAUUACGUUGUACAAAUAUUGAUAUAAAUGACCAGUUUUGGCCUUUUGUAGAGGUAAUGCUAUUCUUUUUUUUUUAAACAGUAUUUGUAUAAGCAUAUUUUAUUACAAUUGUCGUAAGCCCAAUAGAAAUGUUGUACCGCACUUAUACAAUAUUAUAAAUAUUAAUCAGCAAUAUCGUUUUGGCGAUCAGACCAAAUAUAACCACUGCCUGAUGAGUCACAGCAUAGUAUUAUAGUAUCCUCGCAGUUAUUUGAGGUCAUAUUUACUACAAAGUAAUAAAAAAGCGUAUCCAUAUACAUGAAUAUAAAUGAAGGAUAAUGAGAUUUAAAUGAAGGCAUGCUUUUUAUAUAAAUGUUGUUAUGAUUUCAUCAAAUAUUGAUAGAACACAUUGGUUGGUUUAAAGAUAACUUUUUGAGAUGAUUUUGAGAUUACUGCCAAUAUCAAUAAGGUUCAUUAUUGAUAUAAAUAUCUUAAUAUCUUAUUUGAUGUAAUUACAUAAUUCUAUUGUGGGCGUAUGAAUGUGUAAUCUAAUCGAAUGUACCUUGAUUGUGAUGUUAGUAUUUAUUUGUAGUUAUAUAUAAUUACAUAUUUUUGUUUUAAAAUACCGAAUUAAGUUUAUGUUUUAUUUUUGGAAAGUAAGUCUCUCUGAUUUUUGCAAUGUUAUAUCUUAAAAUGUUUUCAAUUAACAAGUUUCUUUAAUAUGGAAUAUGUAUCUACAAAAAACAAAUUUUUGACUUAUAUGCCUCAUAAAGGCCAUCGAAAUUACUAUUAUCUAGUUGUAUUAAAUAUAAUACUAAAAUAAAGUACAGCAAUAGUCCUUACAUUACAAAAAGUUAUAUCAUUGAUUAAUUGUUUCGAUUUAUCUUCGAUUAAUCUUUUUUACAAGCGAGAUUUAGGAUUUACUAUUUUUUACUUUAUAAAAAUAAAUACUGUGUCUAAAGUUUGUUACUUAAGAAAUUGAUCACGUUGUAUUAUCUACGUUUAUUACAAAAGUAUAUUAGUUAUACAAAAAUGUUAAGUGCGAAACAAAAUCACAGUAACUUAGUCAAAUUAGUACAGUUUAGAGAUUGUCUUCUUCAGAAUCAGUAACAUUGCAUUAUCUGUGUGCCUUUUGGUAUGCUUAAAGUUAUUUUGUGUAUUGCCAUAUAACUUAAUAUAAUAUAUAUCAGCAUUUAUAAGCAAUUAUUUUUUUGUACAUGUAUACAUAUAAUAUAUUGAUCACACAUACUACAAAUAUGAGAUCUAUAUAUUAUUUUAUUUUUGUUUGAUUUCCAGCUACAACUCCAUAUAUUGAAAUUGAAAAUAUUUUGAAAUGUUUUAAGAUAUAAAGAUUAUUUAACUAUAAAUAAGUUCUCAAUAAUUGAAUUAAAAAAUGAUACUAAUUAUUUAAUUAAAUUAAAUGUCAUACAUAAAUCAUGUAUUGAAAAACGGAUAACAUAAAAUGAAAAUCAUGCUCUACUCAUUAAUAUUAUCGAUUAAAAUAUUUUUCUAAAAAUAACUGAUAUUUAUACAAAUUAUCGGCAUUGUAUACUAAUUAUAGUAUCGCAAAGUAAAUUUUUGAAGCGAAUCUUUUAUUUGAUGCGAUUAGAAUAAAAUUCAAUGUAAUCAAACUUGAGUCCAACGCUUCAUUUUUUAUGUUUCCAUCAUCUUAGACAUUUGAGAUCUAUGAUUUUGAUAUAAUAGUUUCAGUGAUAGUAAAGAAACCAAUAUCGACGAUUGUUAUAACUAAGUUGAUAUUGUGUUAGUAACUAUAUUUUUAAAAGUAUUUAACAUAUGGGUAUAUAUAUUCCCUUUGCUUAUCUUAAAUCUACAUAAGCGAUAAGUUUCAUGUGACUCCGGUAGCAGCUUUUGAGUUUAUAAUUGUAUAAUAGAUGGACAGCUAGUUUAAAAAUAUUUUAUACAAAAUUAAGUUUGGUGUAUUCUGAGGAGCGAUUAAAUUAAUUGUAUUUGCAUUUUUUUCGCUUUUUGACAGAUAGUGAUAUUGUGCAGCAACGUAUAGUUCGAUUAUCGAUUAGAUUAUUGGAAAUCUAAUCGGUAUGUGAUACUUAGAAAUGUGAAUGAUGAUGUAUUUUUAUAUCAUGUUUUACUAGAAGGUAGGCCAACUUUAUUUAAAAAAAAAUGUACUUAAUAUGUAUUAGAAUAUUGACAAAACCUGAUCAGUUAUUUUUGACGUUGAAGUUCGCCUCGCCGGACUCCAGCGCGAACAUUUUCACUUCUCCUUGAAGGAGAACUGCUCAGUCACGGGUGCGGGCAGCCGGGAUAGGAACAUAGGAUAGGACAAACUGGUCAUAGACAAACACUUAGAAAUAUUUAACAUCCCUUACAUCGUUAUUGCGCUUAAGAACUAAGAUGUUAUGUCCCCUGUGUCUGUAGUUACACCGGUUCACUUACCGUUUCAAUCGGAACACAACAAUACUAAGUAUUGCCGUUUCGUAGUAGAAAAGAUAAUGAGUGGGUGUGGCCUACCCAUACAGGCUGCACAAAGAUCUACCGCCAAGUAGAUAAUGAUCAUAAUAGUUAAUUCAUUAGGCGCAAAAUCAUCUUACACUUAGCUCAUCAUCAAUCGUUUUUCCAUUUCUCGACUUACUAUAAUAAUACUAAAUUGAACGUAUUUAUCCGUAUGUGAUAUAAUUUGCCAGCGUUAAAACAAGUUUAUGCAGAACUUUGUAUGAUCUGUCAGAAAGCGAAUAACCUUGUGAACAUUGUCUAAGUUUGGUACAUACAAGAUAUAGCAAAAGAUACAUACUUAAAAGUUUUAUUUGAAACGUGUGAGUAGGCAAAAUUUGUAAUAAUUAUAGUUUCCUGAUAAUUUAAUUAUCAAGUUUCAAGAUAUUAUCAUUCCAUAAAGCAAUAGUGAAAUGUAUUACGAAGCGAGACUGAUUUAUAUGACUAUUUACUUCGUAGAUUUAGUUUAAGUGAACAAUGUAUCUUUAUACCUGAAUUGUUAUUGAAAUAUAAAUAU